AUGAUAUCUACAAAGCACCAGAUGCUCCCUAAAAUGGCUCAAAAAUUAACAGAAGAGGAAGAGGACUACCACGACAAUUCUUCUCUAUUACCAGACUCAGGUCCACCUGUAUUUGAAAUAUUGCCCAAAUGGGUUUCAAAGGCCUCCUACUAUUUUGACAAAGAACAUUAUUGUUAUGCUGGCCAUCAGAUCAUCAUUCAAGAAUCCAUUGAAUGCUUUGGAGCUGUAGUAUGGCCCGCUGCUCUUGCUUUAUGUCAGUACCUGGAAUCAAAUCAAGAGGAAAUUGACUUCAAAGAAAAGAAAGUCCUUGAAAUUGGAGCUGGGACAGGUCUAGUGUCUAUUGUGGCAAGUAUAUUAGGAGCUUUUGUCACAGCUACUGACUUGCCUGAGGUACUUGUAAACUUGGAGUUCAAUAUUACUAGGAAUACACAGAAUCUAGACAUUCACAAGCCUGAAGUGAGGAAGCUCAUUUGGGGGACGAAUCUCCUUGAAGACUUUCCCAAAGCAACCCACCAUUAUGAUUUCAUUGUGGCUACCGAUGUUGUCUACCAUCACACAGCUCUAGAUUCUCUGCUGGAUACACUUCACUACUUAUGCCAGCCUGGGACAACGUUGCUUUGGGCAAAUAAAUUUAGAUUCAGCACAGAUUAUGAAUUUUUGGGCUCAAUGAGCAACAUAUUCAAUAUUACCCAGCUAGCGGAAUUUCCGGAGUCAAGUAUCAAGUUGUUCAAAGGCACCAUCAAAGGGAAUUAAAACGAGGAAGCAGAAUCCAGAUUGAAAUGCAAAAGCCGAGACCUUAUCAGAAGAGUCUGACUCUUCAACUUUCAAGACUUAACUCUUUCAAUUAGGUACUUAUUUGGAGCUUUUCUCAAAGACAAGUUGUUUUAACAAAAGAA